CCCCAACAGGCCGAGUCAGAAGAAAGGAGAUGAAUAAACGGUUUCCCCGGACCAACCAGCAAAACACGUCGAGCAAUACCACACGCGAAAAGCAAGUGCAGUUGCUUGUCCUGGUUCUCUUCCCGUUUCUCCCCGUUUCUCCCUGUUCGACUGGAGUAUCGCAGCAAAACACAUAGCCCAUAACCCAGAGACGGACAAAGACACUCACACUAUCCACCAUGGGCGGCGGCGGUGAUACCGGCACCCAAUUCUACGAUGUCGCGCUUCGUAGACGACAGGCCUUGAUGGGAGCCAGUGGGCCCCGGGCUCUGGUUGCGAACUUCAAGGUCUUCCGCAUCGCCUUGUUUGCCUGUAUCGGUGGUGUCCUCUACGGUUACAAUCAGGGAAUGUUCUCCGGCUUGCUCGCUAUGCCGUCCUUCAAAGAGCACAUGGGCGAAUAUAACCCUUUCGAUCCCAACGCCGACCAGACGAAGAAGGGGUGGCUGACGGCCAUUCUCGAGCUCGGUGCCUGGGUGGGCGCUCUCCUGUCCGGCUUCAUCGCCGAAUACAUGUCUCGCAAGUACGGCAUUAUCCUGGCCACUGUCGUCUUCAUCGUCGGUGUCGUCAUUCAGACCGUCGCCAUCACCCCGGCCGGAGCCCAGGCUACUCUCGCUGGUCGCUUCAUCACCGGUAUGGGAGUUGGUAGUUUGUCCAUGAUUGUUCCGACCUACAACUCCGAGGUCGCACCCCCCGAAGUCCGAGGCGCCCUGGUCGCAACCCAACAACUCGCCAUCACCUUCGGCAUCAUGACCAGCUUCUGGAUCGACUACGGCACCCACUUCAUCGGCGGCACCGAGCGCGGCCAACAGAGCGACGCCGCCUGGAUGGUCCCGACCUGCCUCCAGAUCUUCCCCGCCCUCAUCCUCCUCGCCGGCAUGGCCUUCAUGCCCUUCUCCCCGCGCUGGCUGGUCGCCCACGGCCGCGAGGACGAGGCCCGCCGGAACCUCGCCUCCCUGCGCGACCUCCCCGAGGACCACGAGCUGGUCGAGCUCGAGUUCCUCGAGAUCAAGGCCCAGGCCCUCUUCGAGAAGCGCACCGCCGCCGAGAAGUUCCCCAACCUCGUCGAGCCCACCGCCUGGAACACCUUCAAGCUGCAGUUCGUCGCCAUUGCCUCCCUGUUCCGCACCAAGGCCAUGUUUAAGCGUGUCGUUGCCGCUACGGUGACCAUGUUCUUCCAGCAAUGGACUGGCAUCAACGCUGUGCUGUACUACGCGCCUCAAAUCUUCCAGCAGCUCGGGAUGGACGACAACACGAUCUCGCUCCUCGCUACCGGCGUAGUCGGGGUCGUCAUGUUCCUCGCUACCAUCCCUGCCGUUCUCUACAUCGACCGAGUCGGCCGCAAGCCCGUCCUGGCCAUAGGCGCCAUCGGCAUGGCUCUCUGCCAUUUCACCAUUGCCAUCAUCUUCGCCAGGAACGAGAACCAGUGGGAAAGCCACCCCGCCGCUGGUUGGGCCGCCGUCGCCAUGGUUUGGCUCUUCGUAAUCCACUUUGGUUACUCGUGGGGUCCUUGUGCCUGGAUCAUCGCGGCUGAGAUUUGGCCUCUUAGCUCCCGUUCCUAUGGUGUUUCUCUCGCGACGUCCAGCAACUGGAUGAACAACUUUAUCGUCGGCCAGGUUACUCCGGACAUGCUUCAAGGUAUCCGCUACGGCACAUACAUCCUGUUCGGCGUCCUGACCAGCAUGGGUGCCGCCUUCGUCUGGUUCUUCCUCCCCGAAACGAAGCGUCUCACCCUCGAGGAGAUGGACACCGUCUUCGGCAGCGAGGGCACUGCCGCGGCCGACGUCGAGCGCAUGGACGAGAUCAACCGUGAGAUCGGUCUCACAGCCCUCCUCAACGGCCUUGGCGGCGAUCAGGAUGCCAGCUCUCAUGCCGGAAGUGAGGAGAAGAAGGAUGGGAGUGCCGAGGCCGAGAUUCGACCUUGAAGGUGACGGGGCGGGAAAUGAACAAGUCGUUUCUUCACAGUAAGGAUUAAAGGAAGCCAGUAUUGAAGAAGACGGAACAAGUGAGUGCCUGCAUUAGGCGGCUUCUUGGGAAAUUCCGUCGUUAUAAGGUUACCUUGGGAGCUUCGGGCGGAUGUAACGACGGGACGGGCGGAAGAGCCGGCUGGGGAGAGGGUUAGCCGGAGUCUGCCGGGGG